AUGAACGAAAGUUUUGCUAUCACAAACAUCACAUCUAUCGAAAUUCCACACACAAUCACAUUCAUUGGUCACCACGCAUUCUACAACUGUCCUCUGCUCUCUUCAUUCUCUGCAUGCACAUUCAACACCAUCGACACAAGUAAUGUCUUCGAACUCUCCAACAAACUUCGAAACAUCAUUGUUUCAGUUUACUAUCCAAUUGAUUCAUUCAGUGACCUUCCAGUUGUUCGUUCUCAGCAAUUUUGCAAACAACUCAGCAGUUCUCUGAAAUGUCCCAACUCCAACAAUCUUAUCAUUCCAUAUCAUUUCCAACUUCUUCUUUCUUUUCUAAUUUUCGAAAUUUAA